AAAAAAGUCGUACUUCGUAAUCUUUCGCGCUUAAAUAACAAAGGACAGCUGACGAUAGCACGAGUAUUAUUCGAUCGUUGUGUUAUCGACGGGUAUCGAUAACCAAGGAAACGCGUAAUUACAAGAUCUGCCGAGAGAGGGCGAUUUGCGAUAGGAGGAGUGGGAGAGCGGCGCGAGGAAGAAAAUGGCCGACAAGGCUACGGUAAAAGGGCAGGGACGUCGUGCGAGGUACGCGUUUCGGGAAGGAAAGAUGCGUGCGUCGCAGUGAAUCGCGCGAGAAGGAGCGUGCAGGAAGAAUCGGGAUAGUAAACGGAGCGUCGCGUGGUGCCGGUAGGUUUGUCCGAUCGACGAGACCUUAAUCGUGCGAGUUGGAUCGUUUAAAAAAAAGCGUUCGCGGGCCGAUCGUAGGCAACACACAUAGAGAGAGUGAGAAGGGCUCGCCAGAGAGAUAGAUCCAGUAUUUAUUUGGACUAUCACUAUUAUUAUCUACGAUGGCAGUUAGGUAGUUGUAAAAAUUGACCAAGGACAUUCAACAACUUCAAGCGUAUUUUUAUCAAAUUGAAGAUGUGAAGAGAACGUACAUGAUGAAGCCACAGAAGAAGGCUAUCGUUGCCCGAAAGGCAACUAAAAUGCCAACAAUCGCUAAAAAACGUCGCACUCUCUUGGAAAAGACCAUAUCAGAAGUAAGGAAGGAGAAGAAAUCUAAGAAGCAAGAUAAAUCGGAAGAUCUGAAAAGAAAGCAGGAAGGCGAGAAGAAGAAAGCGGAUAAGAUGGAAGACAAAAAAAAGUACGAAGAGAAGAAGAAGGUCGAAGAUAAGAAGAAGGACAAGUCGGAGAAAUCGGAGAAAAAGUGUAAUAAGGAUAACGAAAAGAAAAGCGAUAAAAUAAUCGAAGAAGAGAAAAUCGACAGGGGAGAGGAGAAGGAAGAUACGGAGGAGUCGCAGUUUGACAAUCAAGAUAAGAAGAAGGGACAAAAGCUAGAAGAGAGAAGCAAAGUCGAAAAACACUCUGUGGAUAAUAAAAAGAAAAUUGAAAAAUCUGAUGAUAGGAAAAAAUGCGGGAAAAUGGAUGAGGAGAGUGCGGAGGAUCAAGCGAAAUCUUUAAAUAUCGUAGAGGAUAAGGAUGCGCUUGAAGAUAAGACGGAUGUCCAAAGUUCCAGUUUGAAGAAGAGAGGCAAAGAGGAAAAGAAGAAGGAUACGAAGCUGUCCAAAAUGGACACGAAAGAAACAUCGAAGAACGUUCUAGCGAAGGACAAGAAAGGCGAUCGUAAAAAGAUUUCAGACAAAGAUACUGCCAGUCGGAGAAACUCUCCGACGAGAACAAAGAAAAACUCCAAGACCAAAUCAUCUCAAAAGAAAAGUAUUCCACGAAAAACGGUUUUAGCGAAAAAGCCUCACUUUUCGGUAGUCAACAAGUUCGUAGAUAAAAAGAUUAAGCUAGUCAAAUCUUUAAAGGUAGAAGAGACGAUUAACGAGGAAGAAGACGAAGCUAAGAAAACCAAGAAAAAAAAUACGUGCGCGUCGAAGAGUAAAGGUACGCAAGAAAAGAAGCCAAAAUUAGCCAAACAUAUGAAAGCCAAGUUGCCGCAGAAGAAUUCAAAGAUUUGCGCGGUGAUUAAAGCGGAAGACAAAUUGAAAACACUGGCUGAGAAAAUGAUUUUGAAGAAGAAAAUCGAGCUGAAGGCCAUAGAGAAAACGUUGAACGAAACUAAAAGAGUUUCACACGGCAACGUGGUAAACGACAGAGCACCUACGCCUGAAAUAAAAAAUGAGGUUUUAGAGGAGAGAGAAUCGGAAAAGGAUAAGGACGAAAGUCCUAGACCAAAGUCGCCGGACGAGAAGAAGCCUAUGAAGAGUAACGCAAAGGUUGGUAAGAAGGUUCCGAAAAAGAUAUCGAAAGGAAAGGUACAAACCGAGAGCAACAAUCAAAGAUCUCCUUCUCCCGUGGAAUCUGCCGUGGGGGAAUGCGUCAAACAAUCUAAAGAGUGCGAUGAUGGUGUAAAACCGGUGGCUGGUACGAAGAAAGAAGAAGUCAAUAACGAAAGUGUCGUUCAAAUAGACUUAAAAGUCGAGGCAGUUAACGGAGGUAGUACCAGUGGUGUUACAUCGGCGUCCGAAUCGGACGAGGAUUAUGACGAGGACAACAAAAGAGGUAAGCAGAGAUACGCGAAGAAAAAGGAGAGAUCCAAUUCACCGUCCGACGAACGUGCUAGGAGGAUGAGACUUUUUGGAUUCUGGAGCGGACCAAAGCGACACAGAGUGGCAUCGUUGAACGCUUUGGCCAAGGUACAUUGCCUCUACGAAAAUGAAACUGGAGGAGUGUAUCUAGGAGGCUUCUGUAAGCCUAAGCCGGAGAAAGAGAAGCAAAAGAAGAAUAAGGAAGAAAAGGAGGAGAGUCAAGCGCGUAAAGAAAAGGAAAAGAAGAUUGAGAAGAAGUCGGAAGAACUUCCAACUCCAAAGAGAAAAUUGAGAAAUGUGCCAGGAUUAAGGGGGAAGCAUUGGGACAUGUUGGAAAGUUCUUCCUCUUCUCCCUCUUCGGACGAGGACUACGAGCGUGAAAAAAACAUUGAACGUUCUAAGAAGAAAGUAAUUAAGAGAAGAAAGAGAAACGAAGAGGUUAUGGAUUUGAAGGAUAUGGUUGUGUGCAAAAGGAUGGCCAGUCUCAACGCGUCAGCAAUUUUGGCUGCAUCAUAUUCGGACGAAAAGAAUCGUUGCGGAUCUAGUAGCGAAUCCUCGAGCGAAUCGGAAGUGGAGAUUAUCAAGAGACGCAGGCAACACGAUUCGGAUGCGGAGAAAAAGAAGGGAAGGCAAGGCUCGGAUCCGGAUGACGUUCUAAAGCCAUCCAAAAAAGUUGUGAUCGUUAAUCAAGAUACGGAUGUAACUAUAACAGGUGUUUACGUUAAUCAAACACGGUCGACGCAUCACGAAGGUUUCUGCAGUAUCGCUGGUAUGCAAUACAGAAUCAGUUCGACCAGUCACACACAAACUGCAGCUACGGCGGUAGCUACUGAACUUCACGACCAGCAAAAGACGGAGCAACCUUGCAAAUCUUACACGCCGUUGGGUGCGUUAUCGUCUAUGCAACCACCGGGCAGUCAAGGAAAUCAUCCAAAUAUGUCACCGCGAAGGCAUUCGGCGUUUUCAGCGCCGCAUCAGCACGGGUAUUAUCAGCCGGCUGGACCACUGAUACAGCACCCGCCAACAUUACCCCCGGUUAAGGGUCCACCACCGGAACCAACUCCCACGCCUCCUCAAAACUCGGAAGGCUCGGACGAUUUGGUCGCGACAUCGACCACUUCCGGUGGUACGAGUAGUACAGGUGCAUUCAGAUAUUCCUAUACAGUGGAUAUUCCAGGUGGAGGAGGCUUUUAUAGGGCAUAUUGCCCUUCCUAUUAUAGCACGCCACCUCAAUAUCAAGAUCUCUGUUAUCCACCUACGUACACCCAUCCUCACGCUCAUCCACCGCCGUACUACAAGUACGCGCCAACUUACAGAAGAUUUCUUUGUAGGCAGUACUAUGGAUAUCAGGAGACUGGCGGAGGCGGAGGACCGGGAGGUGGAGGCACGGCUGGUGGUCCUGGAGUCGUCGACUAUCAACCACCGCCACCGCCACCCGGAGAAUAUCCCUUGCCUCCGUAUUACGGGGGUUACCCUCCACCACCACCUCCGGCUAAUCCAGCAUAUCUUCAUUCUCAGGGAAGACCUUUCGUAGACCACGCAGCCUUCCAGGGUUGUCCGUGCCCGAUGCAGUCAUGUCCAAAAAACGUGGAUACUGGGCCCCUUAUUGGUAAUGGUAAGGGAGCGCCAGUGGUAUCGGGGCCCGGUCUGUCAUUGCCGCCCAGUGCUUUGGUAGGUCCGCCCUCGCCAGCGAGGGGGCUAGCCGGGCUAGCGCCACCUCAUGGUGCCAAUGCCUGGGAUACGGAUCGUGUCCAACUCAACACUUUACGCAACCUCAAUCAAAGCCAACCGGCUGUCCCACCGUCUCAUAAUCUCGUCGGUGGUCAUAAUCGUUCUCAGAACUCUGACUGCAGGAGCAAGGACGAGAAGAAUCGCGCCGAGGACAAGUUGAGAAAGUGUGCCUGUCAGAAACACGGCUGCACGUCUACUUGCGAGGUCAAGAUGGAGACACUCUCGCCGAGCGAAAAGCUCACGGUUGGGAACUGUCCGAGCAGCAAGUUUCACGAAUUCAAGCUCGAGAACAAUAACGUUAAGUGCGAGUCCUGCAGCGUCGAGAUCGGGGAUAAUUUGAGUUGCGCGGCGAAUUGUAACGUUAAAUGUGAGUCGGACUACAAGUGCGAUAUCAUGAAGUGCGAGCAGUGCAUGAAAGAGAGCAAAAUGGCUAUAUUGGAAAUUGACAAGGAUUCGGGUAUUUUGUUGAUCGACGAUAAGCUCGACGCUGAUCCGGACGUGAAGGAGGAGCUCAACGACGUCGUGGUCAUAGGCAACGAGAGUUGGAAAAAGCCGGAUUACGAGCCGACCGUUCAAGAAACGGUCGAGGAUAAGGAAGAGAUCGUCGAAAAGAUUCCGGUUGAGGUGGAGCAACCAAAGUGUCAAAAGGUAACCAAACGAAAAUUGUCGUUGGACAGUCUGUCGGAUGGUCGUAAGAAAAGAAAGGUUAGCAAGAGAACUCUGUCGGUCGGCUCGACUCAAGAUCUGAACGUGAACGAGCACGCGAGCAAAGCGAUAGCGCCGAUCGAGCCGCUUCUCGACAAGGUGGACGAUGUCAACGAAGCGUGCGUUUCGAAGAAGAAACAGGCCAAGAAGGAGAGUCAGGUUCAGGGCCAGAAACGUAAAGCCGAGACUCCCAACAGCUCGGAAUCCGCGUCGAAGAAGUCGAAGAGUACGAAACAAGCGGCGAGUAACAGCGCGACCGGUAACUCGAAAUCUCCGGCGAGCGAUACUUCCAUCAUGGAGACCAUCGACAAGGUGAUACAGCAGAGCUUGCAAAUGACCCAGAAGAAGGAUCGCAAAACAAAGUCGAACGACAAGUCGGAAGGUAAGAAGAACAAGGGUACUAGUAUCUUGAAGAAGGUCGGUAAAAAGUUGGGCUUGGCGAAGGAAUUGGAGAAACUGUCGAAGAUAGUAACGAAGAUCAGUCAGACCAAGGGUAAAUCUGAAAAGACGAAGGCAAAAACGCAGGACGUCAAAUCUAGAAACAGGAGCAAGGGCAAGUCGCAGGAGACAAAGUCUAAGGCGCAAGAUGCGAAAUCGAAAGAUAGCGCCAAGAAAAACGAGGUGGCGAGCAAAGGUGGCAAGGCCGGCGGUGAGGCUAGCGAAGAGACGAAGAAACCAGCAUUGAUUAAGAAGAAACGGAAGAGCACGAAAAAGUCUAGCGUAAAGAGAGCUACCUCCAAAGCCGAGGACACCGUAGGGGGGAGCGAAAAUUUGUCGCUCGCUAGAAAAACGUUCUUGAAGCCGAAAUGGAGCAACGGCUGGAGUUGGGAGGGUGACGCUUUCGAAGCCAAAGUUUACUUAACGAACGAGGAGUCGGCUAUACGUCGAUGUUACGCCAGCAUGAAGCACGAGAGCGGCGAUGUCCUGAGACCCAGAGACUGCGUUUUACUUAAGAGUGGACCAAGGAAGGCCGAUUUGCCGUUCGUCGCGAAGAUAGCUGCGCUUUGGGAAAAUCCGGACGACGGGGAGAUGAUGUUUUCGCUACUGUGGUACUACAGGCCGGAACACACGGAGCAAGGCCGUACGCAGUGCGACACCGAGGACGAGGUGUUUGCUUCUCGCCACAGAGAUGCCAACAGUGUCGCUUGCAUAGAGGACAAAUGUUAUAUUCUAACGUUUAACGAGUAUUGCCGCUACCGCAAGAAUUUGCGAAGAAUCGAAGAGGGUUUGGAAAGUCCCGGUUUAAUAGUUCCACCGGGGGACCAAGUAUAUCCGAGAAAGAAUCGGCAACCGCCGAUACCGGUACCGUCGGACAUGGUACUCUUCUGUCGGCGCGUUUACGAUUAUCGCGGGAAAAAACUCGUGAAGAAUCCUGGAUGACUCGAAUUCCUAUAAGAUACUUCGAAUAGGAACCAAUGGAAUGCACAAAGUUUGCGGGCCACAUUGAAACUGGACGCAGGUCUCCCCUCAAGCUUAAUAGCGUCGUACCGAGCGAUUCUUCUUGAUCUCUCUCUCUCUCUCUCUUUCUCUCUCUCUCUCUCUCUCUCUCUCUCUCUCUCUCUCUCAUUCUCUCACUGUCUCACUCUCUCUUCCUCUUCUCCUUCCCCCUUCUUUCGUUCAGUCGUCAAUUUUCGACAGGAUCCGAUCGCUUUUGUGUCAACUCCGAAGACGUUUUUCCAAGGUCUACUUCUCUACGUAAUUUCUUUCCAACUUCCCAGAAUAUAUUCCUAUCGUCUUAUUCUUUCUUUCUAUAUUAUCAAGUUUCAUUUUAUCACGAAGCAUAUGCUUAAGUUAUUGCGAGAUGAUGCAAAUGAGAUCACGAUGAAUCAUUCAUAAGAAACCUGACGAUAUCCGUUUCUAGAUUACGCGUCGAUCGAACGAUCGUUUCUAAGAUGCAACAAAAAAGACAACCGUUUGUUAAUCGUACGUACAAUCCCACGCAUAAUUAAUAUAUAUAUAUAUACAUAUAUAUAUAUAAUACAUACAUACGUAUAUAUAUGUAUAUACGUGUGCAUGUAUGUAUGUGUGUGUCUGUACAUCUUCGAUAUCUUCCCGAUAUCUUUCCUACAUCAAUAGAACGAUAGUAGAGGAAGAACACGAUCGUUCGCAAUCGACGCGAAUCGUCGCGUAUCGACGACGUGAGAGCGUUUAUAGCGAAUUAGUAGAAUUUGACAAUUUUAUAGAAGAGAAUAUAAUAUUUUUUGCGACAUAGAGCGUGUACGAGCUUUAAAUGAAUAUUUUUCACAUAGGAGGUACAAAUAUACGACGCGGUCGUCUGUUAAAAGCGACGUGAUCUUUCUUGGUGGGAACCUUCGGACAGUUUCAAGGUAGGAAUCAAGAAAAGAAAAAAGAAAAGAAAAAGAACAAGAAAAAGAAAAUAUCGACCACAUUUAGCGAAGAAAAAAAAAAAUAAUAAUAAUAAUAAUACAGAAAUUUAGCGAUGUAAGGAGAGAGAUAUGCGUUUUCUCGCGUUUCGAUUAAAGAAAAGAAACAUUCUGGUAGAUUUAACAACAAGUGUGACGUGACACUUUCGUAAAUCCGUUUUGCCGUAGCAUCCAUCGUUCUAAGUGAACAUCGUAAGGUACUCUGAAGUUUGACGAGAGUACGGAACUGCGAAAUUAAGAUAAUGAAUUCAAUUAGAGGCAAAUAACAAAAAACUGGAAGAAAGAAAGAAAGAAACAGAGGAACAUGGGGGGGAAAACAAAAUCCAAGAAAAAGGAAAAACUGUCAGGCCCGCGCACACGCAUCACCCCGAAUAUUAUCAUUAUUAUUAUCGUUGAUCGACGAUGUAAAAUCCAUUUCUCGUGGUCCAGCAAGUAUAGUAGAGAAGGUAGAACGAUUUCUGGAUGUUUCUAAAUCUCGAUUUGAUCGAUGAAAAAAGAAAAACAAUUAAGAAAUAAACAAAGAGGAAUAAAGAA